AAACAACAAAUUUGUUAAAAAUCCAUUUGCAAUUGAACCACCACCCAAUUGGCUAAAAGCUCAUAGACCGUCUCGUGCUUGAUCCGAUUCUGUGUUGCAGCAUCUGUAGAGGAACAAGAGCGAUGGCAUGGAGAAGAAACAUAUCGAGGUCUCUCAAAGAGCUCAGGAUUCUUCUCUGUCAAUCAUCUCCAGCUAGUGCUUCCACCAGAACGUUCGUUGAGAAGAAUUACAAAGAUUUGAAGUCUCUAAACCCUAAAUUCCCCUUUCUGAUCCGCGAAUGUAGUGGGAUCCAGCCUCAGAUGUGGGCAAGAUAUGAUAUGGGUGUGGAGAGGUGUGUAAACCUGGAUGGUAUGAGCGAGCCACAGAUUCUAAAGGCUCUUGAAGGCCUUGUGAAAGCCGGAGGAGCUACAAAAGCCUAAGGUUGUUUUGUUUGUGUCUGUUUGUUAUUUUUAUAUUGAUGAUCCCGAAUAAGUUUUAACCGGAAACACUCAUUUUGACAUUUCCCGUCAUUCUACUGCUUUGUAACUCCGGGGUGUCAUAUCGCCUUGCGUUUGCAUUGGUUACUUUUGUAAUCCUUUUCAACUUUGGAAUCAAUCGAACCAUUCCAUAUCAUCGAAA